CGGGGCAGAGGCCAUGGCUCACAAGCUCUGCGGCUCCUACUGGCUGUUGGCCUGCUGGUUGGUGGCAACUGUGGCAGAAGGACAAGAGGCAGUCACCCCUCCAGGAGGCUCACGAGAUGAUGUGGAUUCUACGGACUGCCAGAUCUUUACACUCACCCCUCCACCUACCACCAGGAAACCCGUGACAAGGAUCCAGCCCAUCACAAGGACACCCAGGGGUCCUUUCUAUUUUUUUCCAACAUGGAGGCCCGGAGUCCACAUUGGGUUUCCAAACAGACCCUUCCUUCCUCCAAGAUGCAACCACCGUUUUCAGUUCCAUCCUUUUUUUUGGCCAAACAGUCACUUUAUUCCACAUUAUAGAUAUUUCCCCAGAAGAAGAUUCCGGAGAGGAAGCUCCUCUGAGGAAAACAGAUGGAAGAGAGAAGCCCCAAACCUGCUGAAGCCAAAGAAAUCAGUACCUCAGAAAAGACUAUAAAAAGAUUUCUGUUUUCUUUUUCCAAACUAAAACUACUGAAUUUGAAAAUUACCUUAAACACCACUGACUAUAAAUGGUUCUCAUUGUCAGCAGUGAAGAUAUUGCUGUACAGGUUGUUCAAGUUUGCCAACUAGAAGCAAUAACCACAUUAUUCUUAUUCCCAGUAUGUUAUGAUCACAAAAUAUUUAUGUAAAUAAAAUCCCUAAAUGAGUGGUUCUAGUCAUUCCCAUCCAUACUGAGUGCCAGAAGAAUCAGCUCAGUCUUCUAAAUUAGAGUGAGGGGCAUUUAAAUAAACGGAGAUUGUUGUAAACCAAAUGGAGACAUUAAUGACGCCCUUUUAUACUCACUGGAAUACUUCGCAAGGUGCAUUACAAAGUGAACUUUAAAAGAAAUUCUAGAAAAGUGAAAGCCUUAUUUAAACCAUCUCUGGCGGUAACAUAAAUAGCAGUUAUUUAUUCAUUUACUAUAUUUUAUUGAGGCACAAUGAACAUAACAUUAUAUAGGUUUCAGACGUACAAUGUACAUCUGAACGUUGUGUGUUGCCUCCUGCGCGCACCCCAUUUACACAUUGUGUGUAAUGAUUCAGUAUUUGUACAUGUUGCAAAAAAUGACCAGUUAACUGGUCACCAUAAGUCCAGUUAACUUCAUCACCAUACACAGUUACAAAUUUAUUUUUCUUUGUGAUGAGAACUUGCAAGAUCCACUCAGUUUUCUAACGACAAAAAGAAAUGAUAAAAGUAAACGCAAAACAAGGUCAUGGGAAGUCCGACUAUAGAUAAUACUUUAAAGCUAUCAUAAACUGAAUGACCUAACCACCCAACUCUUGUUUAUUAUCAAAAUGUACUUUAAUGUUAAACUUUUUAAGCAACCAGUGCAAAUUAUCUUGACAAGUAUCUCACUUUCUCUCCUUAUCAUCGUAUAGAUACUAGCUUAAAUAAUAUGCUCCCACUAGAACUUUCAACAUGGUUCUGGGCUCAAAAGCCUGAUGAGGUUUACAUGGAUGUUCUGCUAACUGGAGGACUCUGCAGACACACGUGCACUCAACUACAGGAACCUUGUACUCCUGGGGUGGGAUGGAAGCAAGACACCCCCGGCUGCACGCACUGGUUACUU